AUGCCCGACACUGCCAACCUUUGGGAACACCGCUUUGACGGGAAGCCUAUAUCACCAAACCCCGCGAUCGCCGACUUGGAUAUUGAACGGAAUGAGUUGGCCCACACUUGGAAGCGGUUCGUGAGCCUGCUUCUGCCCCAGGAUCAGGUCGACUGGGAGGAGCGGCCACAGACCGUCGACGAUGUGAAGACCCUGUUGGGCAAAAUUAAGACCUUCUGGACGUCGAGGCCGCGACAACGGGUUUUCAGUGACUGCAUGGACUUAUGUGAUCGCCUGCUGCCCACUAUGGAUACCCACGCGACGCUCUUACCAGCCCUCCCGGACGCCCUCUCAUAUACCCCUCUCUUCUAUGGUGUGCUCCAGUCAGUAAUCAAGGCAUCAUCGCAUUACCCACGGGUAAUGGAAGGCCUAGCCACGGCUCUCCUGAAUAUCCACGACGCCUUAGGUCUUCCCACCGACCCCGGUUUGCUCCCGACCGCCGUGAAACCCAUCGCCAGAACAUACUCGUUAAUAUUUUUCUUCCUCACCGAGUUUAUGGACUGGUACGUCCGGAGGUCCACCUGCCAGCUGCUUAACAUCCACAGCCAGGAUGUGUACUCUGAGUUCCGUCACCUGGUUAUCUAUAUACAACGCCAGGCACACGAUUUGCCGUGGGAACACACGAGCAUGGAUAUGGACGAGGAGGACUUGGAACCCUACAGUCCACGGGCCCUGUGGGAGGAGUCUCGACUCAGCCAGGUGGGACAACAAAAGAAAGACCGUCGGAUAGCGGCACAAAACACCAUCACUCGACGGUUGAUCUGGGAAAUCCAACAAGACGCCGAGGAGCGUGCUCGGUAUAGGGAGGGCCGGGAUCGGUUGCUCGCAGAGACGUUGAGUUCGGUACGCGAGCAACUGGAGCCCAUCAACGAACCCAACAAAGGCAUCGUGUGCAUGACUACGCCCCCAACUCCAAAUAUUGACACUUCCUCAUUUGAAUGGUCAAGAGGAUCUAAACGUCGCCUUGCACGGCUCGAGAUUCAGAGUUCGUCCAAGCAUCUCCAGGACUUCUUCGACAGCGACGAUCAGAUUUGUGAUUACGAACCGGAUGUCAAGGUCGUCUCCGAUAGCAGUGUCGUUGCGUCUCUACAGCAGUGGGCGACCAGCCCUCGAUCCCAAGCGCUCGCAGUGGGCGGCACUCAAUCCACCGUCUCCCCCAGCCCGGUGGCUCUAAUUUCCGCCUGCUAUGCCUCGUUCGCCCGCCAGGCCCGGCUGCCCGUCAUUUCCCAUUUCUGCGUCCUCCCCACAAAAGAAGUCAAAGGCCUGACCCUUCACCAGCAAGGUCUGAUCGCCCUGACCUACAGCGUGAUCCGACAACUAGUCGACUGGCUUCCACCGGUGGUCGACAGCGAUGCGGUGCUCGAUCUUAGCGCAGAGCGAUUCCGUCAACUCGACGGAACCUUGGCCAGUUGGAAGGCCGCUCUCUCGCUGGUCGAUACGCUUUUACAAUCCGCCCCACCGCUUUUGGUCUUUAUAGUGGACGGCCUGGACGCCAUUCACGACGAUUCCACCGACGGACCCAUCCGCGAACUGGUUCGCGUUCUGCUCACCCACACCCGCCGCCAGCCGCAAGGUGGUCUCAACGGCCAAGGCCCAACACUCCUACUGAAGGUUCUCUUCACGGUCAUUGGACGGCCCAGUGCUCUUGUCGAGACUAUGUCCGAGCACCAGCUCGUUCUUGACAAUCAAGCCGACCUUGCACCGUCCGAGCCGGUUCUCAGCUCGGACCUCGGAGCGGUCAUGAUGAAUGCAUGA